AUGCCUAGGAGGUCCCCAUGGAGGUAUCACGGACAGCCAUUGGUCGCUGAGGGUAUGGAGUUUUGGUUUUGGGGGCUUAAAGUCUUUACUGUUCGUUUCCUCCUCGGUGGUUCUAUCCCCGGCGUGUCGCAGAUUGUUCACUUUCUAUUUUGCCUGAAUUUGCACCAGAGCGCCUGGUGCACAAGCGCGGAGACCUGUUCGAAAUUGAUCUCUCUUGCGGGCCAAUUACUAGACGCAAGCGGCCGAAUCGUCUCCGUGCUUUUGGGGCCAUCCAAUGCUACACAGCGCAAUGUCUGA